GAUCCAGAAGAGUACUACGUGAAGCUCGAGAGGAUCGGCAAGGGAUCCUUUGGCGAAGUAUUUAAAGGUUUCGACCGCAGAACGAAAAAACCUGUAGCCAUCAAGAUCAUCGAUCUGGAAAGUGCAGAGGAUGAGAUUGACGAUAUUCAACAGGAAAUCAAUAUCCUCUCACAACUGGAUUCGCCAUAUGUGACACGGUACUUUGCAUCAUUUCUUAAAGGGGCGCAUCUCUGGAUCGUCAUGGAAUAUUGUUCUGGAGGCUCCUGUGCAGAUCUGAUGAAAGCUGCGGCUUUCAAAGAAGAUUAUAUCGCCAUCAUUGUACGCGAAUUGCUAAAAGGACUGGAAUAUCUUCAUGGUGAGGGUAAAUUACACAGAGCUGCGAACGUUUUAUUAACUACAGAUGGAGAUGUCAAAUUAGCAGACUUUGGUGUAUCAGGGCAGCUUACUGCAACGAUGACGAAGAAAAACACAUUCGUUGGUACUCCUUUUUGGAUGGCUCCAGAGGUGAUCAAACAAUCUGGCUACGACAACAAGGCUGAUAUUUGGUCACUAGGGAUCACAGCCAUCGAACUAGCCAAGGGUGAACCGCCCUACUCAGAUAUGCAUCCAAUGAAAGUCCUUUUCUUGAUUCCUAAGAAUGCCCCUCCAGUGUUGGAGGGUAAUUAUUCUAGAGCCUUUAAAGACUUUGUCGCAGCGUGUCUUCAAAGAGAUCCAGCAUUGCGUCCUUCAGCAAAGGAAUUGCAAAAACAUCGGUUUAUCCGCGCUGCCAAGAAAUCAUCUUAUUUGACAGAGCUCAUUGAAGCUCAUGAGCGAUGGAUAACAGAAGGCGGUGGACAUGAAAGUGACUCUUCGGAUGAUGCUCAAGGAGGGGGACAUCAAGGCGAGGUUACAGAUGAUGGAGGAUGGGACUUUGGGACCGUGCGUGAGCCCGCAAAUUUGACACAACAGUAUCAAUAUCAACAUCAACAUCAACACCAAACCCAAAACCAACCAAUACCACAACGCCCAUCAUCAUUAACAAAUGAUAAUUAUACCCAUGAGGAUGUACGCUACUUUUUUUUUUUUUUUUUUUUUUUUUUUAAUACAAUACUUAAUCCAGGAACUUCAUUCAUGUGUCCACUUUACAGUGAGCCUUCAAAAAGAAAAAAAAGACUAACCAGGUUUUUUUUAUUACUUUGUUUCGUUUUCCUGAAUUUUUAUUGGCAUUUAGAAGGUACGAUUAAGUGA